AAUUAAUUCCCAUAUUUUGAAAAUCUCCUAACGUCCAACCGGAAGUCGUCAUUGCGUGAUUUCGUCACUUCAACGAUGACGAUCUCUUCCGCAUUGGAGUAAAGCUACUUUUGAAGGGCCGAAGAUGUCGUGGAUCAGGGAGGGAGAAUUAAACCUGCUGGAAAAGAUUUCAGCCAAUAUCCUGAAGGCGGGACCCAUGCCUAAACACGUGGCCUUCAUCAUGGACGGCAACCGGCGCUUUGCACAGAAGAAAAACAUGGAGCGCCAGGAGGGGCACAUGCAGGGCUUCAACAAGCUGGCAGAGACGCUUCGGUGGUGCAAGCAUCUGAACAUCCGCGAGGUCACGGUGUACGCCUUCAGCAUCGAGAACUUCAAGCGCUCCAAAGACGAGGUGGACGGGCUGAUGGAGCUGGCCAGGCAGAAGUUUGAAAAGCUGUUGGAUGAACGGGAGAACCUGGAGAAGCACGGUGUGUGCAUCCGGGUGCUGGGCGACCUGAACAUGCUCCCGCUCGACCUCCAGCAGCUUAUUGCCAAAGCCGUGCUCAGCACCAAGGCGCACAACAAGUGCUUCCUGAACGUGUGCUUUGCCUACACGUCGAGGUACGAGAUAACCAACGCGGUCCGGGAAAUGGCCUGGGGGGUGGAGCAGGGCUUGAUCAAAGCAAGUGACGUUUCAGAGCCGUUGCUGAGUGAGUGUUUGUACAGCAGCAAAUCUCCCAAUCCGGAUCUGCUCAUCCGCACCUCGGGAGAGGUGCGACUCAGCGACUUCCUUCUGUGGCAGACUUCCCACUCCUGCCUGGUGUUUCAGUCCGUGCUGUGGCCCGAGUAUUCCUUCUGGAACCUUUGUGAAGCCAUUCUCCAAUAUCAGUUAAAUCACGCCUCCAUCCAGAAAGCCAGAGACCUCCAUCAAGAGCAUCAGGCCCUCCAGCAGCUGGAGGCGGAUCGCGCCGGCGCGGCGGAGCUCCUGCAGAGCCACGGCAACGGGAAGCCCCCCGACGCCCAGAGGAGGCGGGAGGCGCUGCUGCAGUACACCGCCUGCCGGGAGGAACGGGUUCAGGACUUCCUAGAAGCGCUGAAGCGCAAGAGAGACUCCUUCUUUAAUGACUUGUGGCGCGUCGGCGUCUCGGCCUAAGGGGAGGAACGAGAGGAGCGCGGCCGAAGUGGGGGAUGAAACCUCCCAAAAAAGAGGCCCUUCUGUGGAGAGGGGAGGAGUGAACAAUACAUGGUUUCAUGGUGUUACUGAUUUUCAACAGCCCCUAUGGGGCUGUGAACUAAUCGAUAUUUAUGAUUGAAGAUUUAGAGGAAACAAAGAGUCUAAUACGUGGAAAUGUCUGGUCAAGAUGUAGUUAAGUGACUGUGUAAAUCGUCCGUCUACUGCAUGCCGUCGAUUGUAAGAUCUAACUAUGGGAAUGAAGGCCAGCGAUCCGUCCAGAUUAAUGCAAGUCAGUGCAGCUCGGUUGUGGCCCAAAGGAAGUGUCGUUCGUUGAGUGUGAUGUUGAUGACAUAACUAGAUUUUGACCAGUUUCCUUUAAAAGAAUAAAGCGAUUGUCGUUUGUCCGCUGUGAUUAAAGGAUGUGCGAUUCAGACCUUUGUACUCACGCACCGCAUGUCAAGUCCCUGAAGAGUUCCAUCUGACUUUUAAUAUGUCGAUAUGUCAUGGGUACACUCGUGCAGGGGAAAUACUCAGCAUCUCAAUGUAUUUGGUCCACUGAAUUACUGAGUUCUUUUUAGACCUGCUUAGUGUUUAGUCCACUCGGCCAGUUCAACUAGUAAGUGUUGGAGUCAGUAUUGGACUUCCCCACUAAUUGACGCGGCGUAUGAGAAAUUCAUUGCAUGAAAUUUAAUCGGCAUGAUUAUAUAUUUGCAAUAUUUGGUUGACAGAAAAUAUUUAGCUAGUAGUUCUAUUUUAGUACCUGUAAAGCUGAGUAAACUAUGAGUCCUUAAGUAUCAUCCCUUCGUUGCGUUAGUCACUUUUCCUAUGUCUGAAAAUGCAGUAGUAAGGAUCUUGAUAAUACACUUCAUAGAAUCCUGAAUUUGAAUGCCCCUCUAUAGGAAUUAUCAAUAUAAAAAAGUAUGUUUUCAUUGACACACAAUACUACUGAUGUCAAUUCAAUGGAAUCCGGUAUGAAGUAUUGAGUUUUUAACUCUUUAAAAGUAACAAUUGGACAGUAUAAAAGUACUCCAUUUCAAGUAAAAGCAAAAAGUUCAUUAGGAAUGUACUUUGUUUUCUAAUGUGGGUUUGUUUUAUUGAUGUUUAUUUAUUGAUCUAUUCAUGACCAAUGGGUAAAAAAUGACGAUGCAUUUUACUGUUGCCGAGGUGGAGCUCAUUUCAACCAUUGCAUCACAUUGUGUGAGCUGAAGCUGAAGUACAGGGUGAACUGGGCCUACUUGUUGUCUGCACUGCGUUUCACCCACAACUCCCCUCGGUGAAAAACCUUCCGCGAAGCGCCCCCUCGCGGCAUUGGCCAGUAUUUCCCGGGCCGCUUCCUGUCUCUUUAAGUAGAUGGGCGGUGCCUGGACGCACGUGAUGCAUUUGCGGCCAAUGACAGACAGCGAAACACAAAACCGGUUCGAACUGGUUUCGUUCUUAUAUUUCAGCGUAUAAACUACAAAAAACAUUGGUUUGCAUUAUACAUUCGCCAUUUUACACAGCUACUGGUCGGUUGUUAUCGCUCCGGGUAAAAAACAAAAACAAACCUACGAUUCUAUAUUGUGAGGUCUGUUCACUUCCUACCAACAACAUGGGCAAAGCGAAGGCAGCUGUCCUCCCCGAGGAAAGACGAUUUUCCAAGCGGCUGGCUGCUGUGAACCCCCCUAAAGCAGUGGAAGCUAAGAAAAAGCCCGCUGUAAAAAAGGCGCUCAAAGCAAAGAAGACCAAACUAACUGAAAAUGGCGGCGCCAAGGCCGAGGAGCCAAAGGCUGAAGCCGCGGAAGCCAAAUGAAUACCAGUUGAUGUGCUCAGUCUGUGUACUUGGUGAUUGUACAGUUUUAAAUUAGUAUUUUUUACCAAGUUUUAUAUUACAAAUGUCAUUUAUAUGUUUGUUUUUGGGCUUGCACUUGUAACAAAAGUUUGUUGUCACAUUCAUAUCCAUUUUAUACCCAUAAAAAUGAUUACCGUCCAUAUCUGGUAGACAAGGCAUUUUUAGUUUGUCUAAUCCUGUUUGUUUUUGUUGUUUUUUUAAAACUGCUGAGUAAUGGACGUUUUCCACCAAGUUGGAAUUUAAAUCCAAUUUUAAACAUUAUAAGGCAGCUAAAGCAUAUUGUUAAAAUUUGAGGUAAAAUAGGAAUUUUGCCUUUAUCUCCUUGUAUUUUAAUGUUAAACUAAUAAGAAAUUGCUUACCAAAUGUUUUGAAACACUGUAUAAUGAAAAAAGUUCCAGUCAGUAAAAAUACCACAAAAAGAAACGUAUUAGGUCAAAAAGAUUGAAACAUCCCCCAAAAAUGUAUGACGUGAACCUGGUCAUCUGAUGAAAAGUCCCGUUAAGUUAUGUUUCUCUUCUGACUGAUGCUUUUCUGACUUUAAUGGUUGAUCUAAAUGUUCUUGAAUAAAAAUUGUCAAAUGUU